UAGUUUGUUUGAUUGUGAUACAUAAAUUUAAAAAAAUAUAUCAUUAAAUAAAUGUUAAUUCAUUAUAUCGGGACGAUGUUCCUCCAUUACAAAAUUACGAUUAUGUACAUACGUUACCAAAUGGUUUCGAUUUCUAACUUGAAUAUUUUAACGUACAGAUAGACAAAUACAUAUACAAACUGAUUAAUCAGAAUAUCAAUGAUAAAAAAUGUCACUGCUAUAGAGUGACACGAUAUCAUAUUAGCUAUUGUUAGAAGCUACGUGUAUGACUUUAAUAACACUAUUUCACUUAUAGGCUGUUGGUGUAUUCGCCAGUGAUUCUCAUUUGAUUUCGUCAAGAAAAAUAACUGGUUUAUCGUAUAGCACUCAAUCUGCUUCAGUUUCUUCUUGAACGUUGUAUGGAACGGACGUAAGAUGUGGAAGACUACGACGGUUAUACUUGUUCUAUCUAUUGGUCUAUAUCAUCUUAUAUUUCAAUAUGAACUCGUGAAGCCAAAUUUGCCAGAAACUUUUUGGGGACCGGAAAAGAAUAAAGCAGCUUCGAAGGACGUUCGACCGUUCAAGAUCGACGUACCAAAAUCGGUCAUCGAUGAUUUAAAUAAACGUCUGGAGAAUCCAAGAUUGGAUGUAGAACCAUUAGAAGGCGCAGCUUGGACUUAUGGUUUUCCAGCUCCUUAUUUAAAAAAAAUUAUUGCAUAUUGGCAUAAUAAAUAUAACUGGACCGAGAGACAAUCACUCCUCAAUAAAUAUCCACAAUUCGUAACAAACAUCCAAGGUCUCGACAUCCAUUUUUAUCACGUUAAACCAUCGAAUCUUCCAAAAGAUAGAAAGGUCAAAGUUCUACCAUUACUUUUGGUCCAUGGUUGGCCCGGCUCGGUCGUCGAAUUUCAAAAGAUCAUUCCAUUGUUAACAAAACCCAGGCCAGACAGAGAUUUUGUUUUUGAACUUGUUGUCCCAUCUUUACCCGGUUAUGGUUUCAGCGAUGGUGCUGUUCGUCCUGGAUUGGCGCCUGCUCAUAUGGGUACUAUUUUUAAAAAUCUCAUGACAAGAUUAGGCUUUGAAAAAUAUUACGUUCAAGGAGGUGACUGGGGUGCUGUUAUAACAUCUUCAAUGGCUGCUCUUUAUCCAGAAAAUGUCAUUGGAUUACACUCGAACAUGUGCAUUUAUAAUAAGCCAUUAAACUUUUGGAAUAUUCUUGGAAUGUUCCUUCCUUCUCUGGUUGUUGAAAAACAAUAUGAACAUAGAAUGUAUCCAUUCAAAGAUCAUUUUUAUCGACUAAUGGAGGAAACUGGAUAUAUGCAUUUACAAGCUACCAAACCAGACACAAUCGGUCUUGCAUUGACGAAUUCACCAGUGUCGUUAGCAGGAUACAUACUUGAGAAAUUUAAUACAUGGACGAAUCCCGAAUAUAAAAAUAAAAAGGAAGGUGGUCUACUUGAAAAAUUUACUUUGGAUGAACUUUUGGAUAAUGUCAUGAUAUACUGGGUGACCGAUUCCAUGACAACUAGUGCGCGUCUUUAUGCUGAACAAUUUACACACAAGUAUAGAGAUUUGCAAAUCGAUGAAUUACCAAUCGAUGUACCGUCAGCAUGUGCCAUAUUUCCUCACGAACUUGCCUAUACUCCAGAAAAAAUUCUUCGAAUGAGAUAUUUGAAUUUGAUUCAAUUGAAUCACAUGCCUGGAGGUGGUCAUUUCGCAGCCAUGGAAGAACCUAUUAUAUUUGCAGAUGACAUAUACGAUUUCGUCGGCAAAAUUAUGGAACAGUCAAAGAACGAAGAUAAAAAGAAGACAGUGAUUACUGAACAGGAUAAUAAGAAACCUAAGAGUACAUAAAAAAGAGACAAUUCCAAGUUUUCUUUGUUUUUUUACGAACAUUACUAGAUAUUUUAUAAUAUGUAAAAUAUAUAUAUAUAUAUUAAUAAAUAUUAAUAUAUACAAUAUAUAUUAAUAUAUAUAAUAUAUAUUAUAUAUAACAUAUAUAUAUACACAUACAUAUAUAUGUAUGUAUGUAUAUAUAUAUAACAAGAAAUUUAUUUUUAUGUUGUUAUUCACUUGGUGUAUGUAUGUAUAUUAUUUAGAUAAGUUAUAAAU